CGGAGAAUUCAUGUCAAUUGCGUGGCCAAAAAGGGGCAUUGCAGUACGCUGCUACGACAUCAUAGGUAGUAUUGCUUUGACGUUGAAGGCACCAAUACUGCACCUCACGACAAAUACCCCGGAAAAUCCCCCAUGCUGCCACGCUGGGAGUUGUAUCCUGAUAAAUUCCGAAGCCAUUCGCUCUUCGCGAAGGGUGCGUGUACAGCCUCAACCCAGAUUCUCCCCCCCCCCCAAACCGAUUGUCCACAUCUACCGAUCCAGAUACACAGCAUGCCAGAAUUAGUCCGCAACAGUUUUGGACCGGAUUUAGUCCGAUAUAUCGAGCGACCCAAGAUAGAAGCCAAGCUCCUCGAACUAUUCGGGAGGCGCAUUCAAGUCAAGCUCCAAAAUGGACACUAUGUGUUCGAUGCCCCACGAGAGGUGACUAGGGUCAGAUGACUUGGAGGACAUUCUAGACGACGAUUAGUCACAUGCAGUAGCGGACAGCCUGGGUAGUGAAAGUAACUUCUUACGUACGGUACGAAGCGUGGCUGAUGGGAGGCUGAGGGGCUGCCUUGCCUUGCCUGGUGGCAACUGAGGAGUUACUAACCAGUGCU